AUGAGUUCAGUCCCAGUGCAGCUAUUGAUCUAUGUUAUACCUCGACCAACAUGUUUUGAUGCACCUCUCAUCAUGCCUCUAACAGAUUUGUGCAAUCCAAAUAUUAGUGAUGUGGCCGAUAUUACCGUAUCGCGACCAAUGGCUGGUAUGCUAAUUAGUAAUAUGAUAUACUUACCAACCAAUGUUUCAGUAGUAUACAUUACAUUAACUUGGACGCCACAAGCUAGUCAAAUAGGAUCAUUAAGACAAUUGUGCAGAAUAGUUUAUACAGGUUAA